AGGAUUGGUGCUUCUCCUGUAUAUUGUAAAUGACGGACCAAAGCUCUGUUGAUGAGAUUUUAGAGUUUCUUAGGAAUAAUCGUUUCUCUCAAGCUGAGGAAGCUUUGCGUAAUGAGCUUAAUAACCGGUCUGACAUUAAUGGCUUUCUUCAGAAACUUAAGCUUGAGGAUAAAGAUUCAAAUGAAAGUGCUGCUGCUAAUGAACUUCGGAGGUCAGGUUCUCGAGAUAGUGAAGUCUCCAAGGAGCUGAUUGUGAAAGAGGUAGACUGUGGGACUAGCACCGAUGGGUCUGUAAUCAAGUGGGAAAAUGGCGCGGCUGCUGACAAACCGAGCAAGAAGGAAGCGGUUGUAUCAACUGAGAUGAGCUUCACAUUCUCCAAAAAUUCGGGUGAUGCUGCUGCUCCUGAUGCUCAUUCCUAUAAAUUUACUUCCGGAAAUGGUACCUUGGAGCCUUAUCGAAACAUUGAUGAUAAUAGUAGUAGCAGCUUGGUGGAUUCUUAUGCAUUCCAACAGUCGAGGCAUGGGAACUUCGCUGAUAUCGAUAAGAAGAUAGUGGAAACUGGUGAAGAUAUCGUUUUCUUUGGCAAUAAGAGUACUUUAUGGUCUGGAAAUUCUAGUAAAGGGAACUCCGGGUCGAAAAUAAAGGAGACAAAUGAGAUUGAUAGGCUAGUUGAAAAUCCUGGAAAGCAUGACAGCUAUAAGGGUAGCAUUCUUUUAAGAACUGAAGAUGUCGUAGAUACCUCAGAGAACUGGAAAGAGUGUUCUGUUGAUACUCUUUUUCAAUCUUCCAGAGGGGAUGCGUCAACCAGUUACAAUCUGGUUAGCAGCUCGAACAAAAGAGAGGGAAAGAAAAAGGCAGACAUUAGUGAUGUGAGGGUGGCAAUCAAGGAGCAGGAGAGCGAGGUGGCAAGAGCUUUAUUCUUUGGUAAAUCUCAAUCCACUUUUGAUGACAAAACCAUCAGCAGCUUAGGUUUUCCACUUGUCUAUGAUACCCGCAAGGAAGAGUUUCCUAGGCUGCCUCCUGUUAAGCUCAAGUCUGAAGACAAUCGUCUAAGUCUUUACUGUGAAGAAAAAUUUGAACGUGAUGGUUCAGGUCCAAGGCUAAUCAAUGAUGAGGAGGCCCUUGUCAUAGGCUCAUACCUUGAUGUUCCCAUUGGACAAGAAAUUAGCUCAUCAGGUGGAAAAAAAUCUGGUGGGGGAAACUGGCUUUCAGUAAGUCAGGGAAUAGCAGAUCUUGUUUCUGGUUUUGCUACUAUUGGCGAUGGUUUAAGUGAAUCUGUUGACUACCGUGAUGAAUACUGGGAUUCUGACGAGUAUGACGAUGAUGACGACAUUGGGUAUCUCAGGCAACCUAUUGAAGAUGAAACAUGGUUUCUUGCCCACGAAAUUGAUUAUCCAAGUGAUCAUGAGAAAGGAACGACCCGCGGAAGUCCUGAUCACCAUGGAAGAGAUGCAAACAAAGACGAGGAUGAUCAGUCUUAUGCCGAGGAGGCUUCUUAUAUAUCUGGAGAACAGUAUCUCCAAUCAAAAGAUGCUGAACCUAUUUCUUCAGAAAAUGACCGAAGACUUACGGUCUCAGAAAUUUAUCCAGCUAGUAAGAAAAAUGAUUUAUUAGCCCAAUAUGAUGGGCAAUUAAUGGAUGAGGAGUUGCUCAAUUCGAUGCGGACUGAGCCUGUUUGGCAGGGGUUUGUAGCUCAGUCAAAUGAACUUGUCAUGUUAGGUGAUAAGAAAGGCAUAAGUGUCCAUCGAAAAUCUCAUCUUGAUGAUGUUUACGUCGAAGAUGAUCAGCAUGAUUCGGUCAGGUCAAUUGGUGUGGGUAUUAGUAGUGAUGCAGCUGAUUUUGGCAGUGAAGUACGUGAAAGUUUGGCUGGAGGUAGCAGUGAGGGAGAUUUUGAGUACUCGCGUGAUCAUGAUCCUGUAGCAUCCAGGUUUAAACAGCUUUACUCCGAGUCAGAUAAGAAGCAUAUUGAUGGCCCAAACAAGAAUAAACAAAAAGCGAGUAAAAAUGAUUCAGGCGGAAGUUUUCAUGUGAAGAUUCAAACUGAUGGUGGUUUUUCGUUUGGCUCGUCACAAAAAGAUGGGCAGUUAAUGCAUGCAGAAUCUAGUAAAUCAUUAUGGUCUGGCAAUCGUGAAACGGUAACCAGAGAUAGAAAUACCGAACGUUUAAGUGCUUCAACAGCUACGGAUGACAUGGUUGCAACUUGGAGACAAAAAAGUAGUGAUUCAUCAAGUUCUCGAAGUUCUGUGAAAGAAAAUAAUGCAACGUCCCUAAAAUCUGUAAACUCAUCUCCCUCUUCUCUGUCAAAUUAUGCUCGCGAAGAAAGAAAGCAUGGUGAUAAAGAAAAUGAUAGCAGUGAAAGAGAGAAUGACCAUGCGACAGCACUUGAUGAUGAAGAGGCAGUGGCUGUCCAAGAGCAAGUUAGACAAAUUAAGGCCCAAGAGGAGGAGUUUGAAACCUUUGACCUCAAAAUUGUGCAUCGUAAAAACAGGACUGGUUUCGAAGAGGAAAAGAACUUUAACGUGGUUUUAAAUUCGGUCAUUGCUGGGCGGUACCAUGUCACUGAGUACCUUGGAUCAGCGGCCUUCAGUAAAGCCAUACAAGCGCAUGACUUACAGACUGGAAUGGACGUCUGUAUAAAGAUUAUAAAGAACAACAAAGACUUCUUUGACCAGAGUCUUGACGAGAUAAAACUUUUGAAGUAUGUCAACAAGCAUGAUCCUGCUGACAAAUACCAUCUUCUACGGUUGUAUGAUUACUUUUACUACCGGGAGCACUUGCUAAUUGUAUGUGAACUUCUUAAGGCCAAUCUAUACGAAUUCCACAAAUUUAACAGAGAAUCAGGUGGUGAAGCUUAUUUCACGAUGCCAAGGUUGCAGUCAAUCACUAUCCAGUGUCUCGAAUCACUUCAGUUUCUGCAUGGCCUUGGACUUAUACACUGUGAUUUGAAGCCUGAGAACAUAUUGGUGAAAAGCUAUAGCAGAUGUGAAAUAAAAGUCAUUGACCUUGGAAGUAGCUGUUUCGAGACAGAUCACCUUUGCUCCUAUGUCCAGUCAAGGUCAUAUCGAGCACCAGAAGUCAUUUUGGGACUUCCUUAUGAUAAAAAGAUAGAUGUGUGGUCUCUUGGGUGCAUUUUGGCGGAACUAUGUACAGGCAACCUAGUUAAAUUGUCUGGGUUGGUUGUUGAAUUUUGGGGACAAGAAGGUGAAUCCGUGUUUAUCAUUGAGUUACUUUUGCAGGUUCUUUUCCAGAAUGAUUCUCCAGCCAGUUUGCUUGCAAGGGUAAUGGGAAUCGUAGGAUCUUUCGAUAAUGAAAUGCUUACCAAGGGACGUGAUUCCCACAAAUACUUCACAAAAAACCGAAUGCUCUACGAGAGGAACCAGGAAAGCAACAGACUGGAGUACCUGAUACCGAAGAGAACUUCCUUGAGACAUCGGCUUCCAAUGGGAGACCAAGGAUUCACAGACUUUGUGGCUCAUCUUCUUGAGAUAAACCCAAAGAAGCGUCCUUCUGCAGCAGAGGCUCUGAAGCACCCUUGGCUUUCAUACCCAUACGAGCCAAUCUCUGCUUAAACAAGUGGUGUCUUUACUUAAGCUACUAAACCCCGCAAAACCGCAGAUUAAUGGAAACCUUGUCUGUGCAAAGGUUGAAGCCCCUUUGGUGGGUGACCCUUAAUACAAGUUGUGGCUGUCUUCUUCAGUGAAAAUGUGAGCUGAAAAGAAGAAAAACUUUUGUGAAAUUUGAUUAGAGUGUAACACUGUGUCGUCAAACUUGUGAUCAUUAUUCUCCUAGAACAGAUUAAGUAGUAGAACUCUUUUUUUGUAUCAUCUGCUGAUCCUUGGUAGUUUAGUCCUUUGAUUGUGAUUUAUAAAUGUUAUUUAUGUAA